AUGAACUGCCAGUACCCUGGCUGCUGGUACCUGUCUGCCCCCAUGUUUGAGAAGACAGGGGUAAGCACAGACACUUCCAGCUCGAGAAGGGCUGAUCCGAAAGGUCGGAGCGCGCUGUUGGCUGAUAUCCAGCAAGGAACUCGCCUGCGAAAAGUGACGCAGAUCAAUGACCGCAGCGCCCCGCAGAUCGAGGGUUCUAAGGGAACCAGCAAAGAAGGAGGAGGGUCUACGAACUCCCGAGCUGUGAGCACACCCCCAGCCCUGGGAGACCUGUUUGCUGGUGGCUUUCCCGUAUUGCGCCCAGCAGGCCAGAGGGAUGCAGCAGGUACCAAGACAGGGCAGGGCCCUGGCUCCCGAGCGCCUUCUCCCAGACUUCCCACCAAAACCAUCAGCGGCUCGCUCAACCCCCCUGCAUCUCCCAGGCUAGGCAAUGCCUCCGAGACGCAUGGCGGUGCCAGGACAAUCCCUCCUCGUCCCAACGUGCCCGCUCCACCACCUCCCAACCUGCCCCCGCCUCCCCCGCCCCUACCCCCACCCCUGCCCCCGUCCUCCCCUGCCAAAGCUCCGGCCGCGGCGCCCGCGCCGCCUUUGCCGGGCGCUAACAGCAGCAGUGAAGCCCCACCCCCGCUGCCGCCCAAGUCCCCCGGCUUCCCGGCCCAGCCGCAGAAGGCCGGCAGCGCGCAGACCUUGCCGCCCGCCCCUCCCGGGGCCCAGGUGUUCGUGCAGAAGAAGAGGCACGGCCGGGGCCCAGGGACCAGUGGGGGAAAGCUAAAUCCACCCCCUGCACCCCCGGCGAGAUCGCCCACCACAGAGCUUUCGAGCAAGAGCCAGCAGGCCCCAGCCUGGACCCCGACACAGCAGCCCGGAGGGCAGCUACGAAACGGAAGCCUGCACAUCAUCGAUGACUUUGAGUCCAAAUUCACGUUCCAUUCUGUGGAAGACUUCCCGCCUCCGGAUGAGUAUAAACCAUGCCAGAAGAUUUACCCCAGCAAGAUCCCCAGAAGCCGUACACCUGGUCCCUGGCUCCAGGCCGAGGCAGCCACGCAGAGCUCUGAUGACAUCAAAGGCAGAAAUUCUCAGUUAUCUUUGAAGACUCUCCGGUGAGAAGACAGAUGAAGCCAAGGUCCUGGGUUCCAGAUGGCAGGACGGGCACCCCCAGGAGAACAUGUCAGAUGCCUCCACCAUGCUCCAGCUGUAAUUCAGUUGACAUACAGGCUCUGAAUAGAGCAUUCAUUUAUUGUAAAUACGUGGUUUGCACGGGCUUCAAAGCAGUAUUUUAGUCGAC